GAAAAACCCACCCAACCAAAGUCCAAUUAUGCCGUGACGGGUCUGUAUUUUUACGAUAGCAACGCUGUUGAAUUCGCCAAAACCAUCAAACCUUCUCCGCGUGGCGAGCUAGAAAUUACGGAUUUAAACGAUAUUUAUUUAAAAAACAACCAAUUAUCUGUACAGGUCAUGGGGCGCGGGUAUGCUUGGCUGGAUACUGGGACGCAUCAAUCUUUAUUGGAAGCCAACCAAUUUGUCCAAAGUAUUCAACAUCGUCAAGGAAAACUGAUUGCCAGCCCAGAAGAAAUUGCCCUAACGCGAGGAUACAUCACCGCUCAAGCGUUUGAACAACUCAUCGCGCCUUACUUAAAAUCGGACUAUGCCGUUUUUCCUGUUGCGGGGCUGGGUACGCGUUUUUUACCGGCCACCAAAGCCUCUCCGAAAGAAAUGCUCCCUAUUGUCGAUAAGCCUUUGAUUCAAUACGCUGUUGAGGAGGCUAUUGCUGCGGGCAUAACCGAAAUGAUUUUUGUUACGGGUCGCUCCAAGCGUGCUAUUGAGGAUCAUUUUGAUACCGCCUACGAACUCGAAGCACAGCUAGAAGCCGCAGGCAAAACAGCACUGUUACAAAUUGCCCGAAAUGUCGUUCCCGAUAAUAUUCAUUUCACCUAUAUCCGCCAAGCGCGCCCACUCGGUCUUGGUCAUGCGGUCUUAUGCGCCGAGGCAAUUGUUGGUGAGGAGCCAUUUGCGGUGUUAUUAGCGGAUGAUUUAAUCGACGCGACCCCAGGGGCGCUAUCCCAAAUGGUGGAAAUUUACGAAAACCGCGGUGCUUCGGUCUUGGCGACACAAGAAGUGCCAAUCGAACAAAGUAAACAAUAUGGCAUGAUUUCAGCGAACCAAAUUACCGACUCACUUUCUGAGGUAUUUGCCAUUGUUGAAAAACCUGAACCCAACCAAGCACCUUCAAAUCAAGCC